UCGGCUCGGCAGCGCUGCGCUGCGCUGGGCUGGGCCGCGCCGCGCCGCUCGCUGCAGCGCUCGGGCUCCGCUCCGCUGUCGAGGGAGGGAGCGGGACAGGGACCGCCUCGCCCCGCCGCGCCGCGCUCGCCUCGCCCCGCCGCCGCCCGGCUCCGCGCCGCCGCCGCGCUCGCUCCGAAGAUGGCCGGCUGGCAGAGCUACGUGGACAACCUGAUGUGCGAUGGCUGCUGCCAGGAGGCCGCCAUUGUGGGCUACUGCGACGCCAAGUACGUCUGGGCGGCCACGGCCGGCGGCAUCUUCCAGAGCAUCACGCCAGUAGAAAUAGAUAUGAUUGUAGGAAAAGACCGAGAGGGGUUCUUCACCAAUGGUCUGACCCUUGGUGCAAAGAAGUGCUCUGUGAUCAGAGAUAGCCUGUACGUUGAUGGCGACUGCACAAUGGACAUCAGGACAAAGAGUCAAGGUGGUGAGCCAACGUACAACGUUGCUGUAGGCAGAGCUGGCCGAGCAUUGGUUAUAGUCAUGGGAAAGGAAGGUGUCCAUGGAGGGACACUCAACAAGAAAGCAUAUGAACUGGCUUUAUACCUGAGGAGGUCUGACGUCUAAGCAGCCUCUCCCCAUCCACCUAGCAACUGUCUUCAUCACCACCCAGUUGUGUUCAGUGCUACCAGACUGUAGAUGGUAGUUUGUGUUUUUUAUUUACCCAUUUUCUAAUGUCAUAAUUCCAGUUAUCCUUUGUUCAUUUGUAUGUUAACCACUGUAUGUAACCAAGUCCCAUAUCUGGCACCAUUUCUGCACCACAAAGAUGAUAUGCAUGAUACCUUGAAAAACUCUCGGGAGGGGAAUAUGCCAAGUCUAGGCUUUGCUUUGUCUUAGUAAUUAGUGUGAUACUGACAACUAAAACAACUUAAAUACUAAACAAGGUGCCGAUUGUACAUUCUAAUUUGAUCAAUGCCUCUUCAGCACUUUGAGCAAUUACACAGCUCACUUAGUCUUCCUUUCAUAGAGCAUGGUUGGGAGGAAAAAAGCGCAUGCAUAUCUUUACUUCUCUCCCUCUCUUUUUUUUAAUUCACGUUUUGUUUGCUUAACCUAUUUUUAUAGUGCCUGGUUUGUUUAACCAAUUUGCCACUCAAAAGCUAUUAAUGUUACACUAGUUUUGUUGUUGCACUUCACUGUAGGCUUAAGUCUUUUAUAUUUUUCUUCAUGGUGUCUGAUGCAUGUACUGCUUAGUAAGUGCAAUCACAAAACUAUCAAAGGGUGCAGAUGCACUUCCUCCCAUGACCUUACAACCACCAUCGCCAGGGACAUUCCAUGAUUGCAAUAGCUCAGGCACUUACUAUUAUUGGUUUUUUUUUUUGGCCAGCUCCUGUUCUGUAGUUGAAUUGUAAAAGGCUGCCAUUAUGGACAUUAGAUAUCCCAACAUAACCAUCUGGAGUGUGUCUGGUUUCAGUUUUUUCAUAGGACCAAUUUUAAUUUGCAGCUUGGGAUUCCCCCCCCCCCCCCCCUUUUUUUAAAUAUAAAACUGCAAUGUCAUCGUGGAAAACUGCCACCUUCAGCUGUUCUGGGAGCUCUGACUGAUUCCAGUCUUUCUGCCAGAUCACUUACUGGUUAAGAGUUCUGCUGCUCUGAAGCCACUAUUUGGAUGAAGGUUGGUAGUUUGUAAACUAAAGUGUCAAAAUGAUGCCAUUUCAAAUCUAAAAUUGUCAUUUGGCCUGUCAUACCCUUGCUGCAGAAAUCAUGAAGUGAACUGCCUUGUGCACUAGUCAUCUGUAACCAAACUCAAUUCAGGCACGGUACUAACUUGUAUGUCCAUUUAAAGAGAACUGCAGAAUUCUGUAUACAAAAGAAUAAAUGGGAGAUGGUGUUGGUUGGAAUAACUGACUUGGCUGUCUUGUGAUGAAUUUUUUUAAUAUGUAUUCUGUGCCAUACUAUUGUUAAAAAAAAAACUUGCUAUUGUGAGAUGGAUUUUAACUGACUACAAGGGUUUCUUUCGAAUGGCACUACUUUAGGGACAUUCUAGUAUUUGCUUCUAUUGUUGGGCCUUGUGGAUAAUGUACAGAUUUAAACAAAUCUUGUUGCUGAUUUGUCCAUUUCUUUCCCUGCACUUUGUUACAUCUGGGAUACAGUCUAACUCAUCUGAUUUAAUAUGCAUUUCAAAAAAUGCCAUAACUAUUAAAAACACCUUGUUUACAGACAGAUGAAAUAAAUUUAUUCCAACCAAACAAAAUUAGACUAUUGGUAAUUUUUUUUUCCACAGGCAUCUUCUGAGGCCCUUCUUCAUUGCAUGGCUGACUACCACAUCACUUAGAUCUAAGUGCAGUUGUAAGUUUUGUAAAACAGUAAUAGUAUGAUAAUAUAGCUUUAGUUAAAGGACAAAAUGCUAAGUCUAUAAAAGCCCAGCUCUGGUAAAUAAGGAGAUGAAUUCUUGUGACUAACUCUGUAUUUAGCAGACUACGUGGGGGACUCCUGCCUGUGUUAGAGGGAUUCCCCUGCCACGUGAAUACCUUAUUUACCAUCAGUGUUUCUUCCUCAGAACAGAGAGGGGAGAGACUUAAGCUCUCAGUUACCUUAAGGUCUACAGGGCUUUUAGAUAUCUUUGCUGGCCAAGUACUCUGAAAACACAGGCUAUGAGAAUGAGUGCAAUGUGCCUUUUAAAAAAUACAGGUGAGAUGUGAUAGUAAGCACGGGGAGUUCAGGGGUGGGGGAGGUAAGAAGAAAAGCCCAAACCACAGAGGUAAAUCUUCAGCUAAAGCUGUGUUUCUUUUCAGUCCUGACACUGUCAGUCAUAUGCUGCUUAGUCAGUAUCUUUAAAAUUACUCUGUUUUCCCUUAUAUAGUUGUAUCUUCAAUUGUUGCAACCACUCCUUUGCCUGUCACUAGAUCCCAUGUCUAAUUAAAACUUCUAAAUGUAA